AUGUCACAAGAUAAGAUUGACAACUUCAUAGCGAUUACCAGCGCGGAGAAUGGUGACUUGGCUGAACACUUUAUCGAGAUGGCCGGUGGCGACCUGGAGACCGCUAUAGCACUGUUCUUUGAACAUGGCGGUAAUAGACAACUUAGAAAGCAAGAAAGUAGCUCUUCGGCAGUUGGUUCGAACUUGAAUACUCAUGACGAUGGAGAUUUUGCUCAGAGGUUGCAAGAAGAAGCGUACCGCAACGAAGAGGAAUUUGUGAGACCUCCAGAACAGGCAAGACAUGAGACUUUAGCCGACACCCAUGUGUUUCCUGGUACUUAUGGUGGUAUUGGCGGUAGUUUCAACCCUCUGCGUCGCGCUCAUGAUAUGUUUGACGACUCUAGACCCAAUGGUGUCUUCAAUCAGAGGCUCGAUGAAGACAUGGACUCAGACUCAGACACAGAUUCGGAUCGUAUAACAGAGUCCGAUGAUGACGAGUCCUACGAGUAUGUGGAAGAAUCAGUGAUAGAGCUUGAUGAUGAUGGCGAGGUGAGAGAAUACACAAAGAUGGUGAGACGGCCAAAGGCGAUGUCUAAGGAGCAAAGACUGGCUCUUCUUUUCAGACCGCCCUUCGACCUCAUGACCAAGACCAAUUUGGAUAGUGCUAAGGUUAAAGCCAGAAAGAAGAACAAAUGGAUUAUGAUAAACAUUCAAGACGCUGGUAUAUUUCAAUGCCAAGCUCUGAACAGGGAUCUUUGGUCAUCGAAGAAUGUCAAGAGACUGAUAAAGCCAAACUUUGUGUUCUUACAGUACCAAUAUGAAUCACGAAAUGCUCAACAAUACAUCAACUUUUAUGGAUUACAAAACAAAGAUGAUUUACCUCACAUUGCCAUCCUAGAUCCCAUGACAGGGGAACGUCUGAAACAAUGGAAUCGCACAGUUCCGACGCCGGAAAGUUUUAUUGAAGAGGUUAACAAAUUUCUUGGCUCUUUCUCCCUCGAUCCCACAACAGCUAACCCUACAGUCAAGGAACCAACGCCCGAUAUUGACCCAACCACACUUACUGAAGAGCAGCAAAUGGAAUUGGCAAUCCAGCAAUCCCUCGGUAAACCUUCAGAGCCAGCAGCACUUAAUGAACACGAUAACACUGAGCCUGAACACGAAGAAGAGCGAUUCAUUGAGGAUCCAUUUGAUAAAAUAAAACCUAUAAAACACGAAGAGCCCACUAAUCAACCAGGAAUAACAACCAGGAUACAAGUUCGCACAGGUGACGGUAGCAGAAUCGUACGCCGAUUCAAGGUAGACGACACCGUCAGAACCAUUUACGAAGUGAUUAAGAGCGAGAUAGCAACCUACAGUGAAGGUAAGUUCACUUUGAGCAAUCAUCAGAGAGAAAAUCUCAUUGACAAGCUCGAUUUGACGAUCGAGGAGGCAGGUCUUAAGAACAGUUCGCUUCUGCUGGAGAAAAUCGACGAAGAAGACUAA